AUAGCUUGGAGAACUUAUUUAUUCAUUACUGUUUCAGAGUGGCACAGCCAUUUGGAGCGGCUGCCAGCUGUGGGUGAGGAAGAUCCAUGUGCGUGGAGAUCUACCCAAGUCUUCCAACGAGCUCCUACAUCUGAAAAGUUUCUCAGAAGACUUUGGAACAAGAUGCGUCUUUGAUGAACCGCACGCUCACCAUUUUUGCGGACAGUGGGUUGGUCCAUGGGGGCCGAUGGCACUGAUCAUAAGAUCAGAAUGCUGAACAUACAGAAUGGAGCUUGGGGAGGCAGGCAGGACUGGUACCAGGACAAUCUAGUGAGCGGACAGCCUAAUCCAGAUAGUUGCCAGCAGCUGGACAGCAGUCUAGACUCGGAGCAUCAGGCCGGUGCGGCCAACGACGACCUUGAUGAAUCUCAGAUUCGGUUGCAGCUAAAACGCAAGCUUCAGAGGAACCGGACAUCGUUCACCCAGGAGCAGAUCGAAGCUUUAGAGAAAGAAUUUGAGAGGACACACUAUCCUGAUGUUUUUGCGAGGGAGAGAUUAGCUGCCAAGAUUGACCUUCCAGAAGCCCGAAUUCAGGUUUGGUUCUCCAAUCGACGAGCCAAAUGGAGAAGGGAAGAAAAACUCAGAAACCAGCGACGCCAAGCAAGCAGCACCUCCAGCCACCUCUCCAUCAACAGCUCAUUCUCUGGCAGCGUGUAUCAAUCCAUUCCACAGCCCAGCAGCUCAGGCUCGAUGCUGGGCAGAAGCGAAGCUGCUAUCACUAACAGCUACGGAUCCCUCCCUCCUCUUCCGAGCUUCACCAUGCCGAACAACCUCCCCAUUCAGACGGUAACCAGCCAGACCUCAUCUUACUCCUGCAUGAUACCUUCGAGCUCCUCGGUGAGCGUGCGCACUUACGAUACCUACACUCCGGUCCAACUACAGACACACAUGAGCAACCAGAAUCUUGGUUCGAGUGCCACCGGAUCCACAGGAUUAAUUUCUGCGGGAGUUUCCGUUCCUGUACAAGUUCCAGGUGGAGAACCAGAUCUCACCCAAUACUGGCCGAGGCUCCAGUGAGACAGAGGUGGCCGCGGCUCAGCAGAUAAGGAACUGAGAUACACGCUAUCCUGGACUUUGUACUAGAACCCUCACAACCAACACGCAAAAGAGACAAUAGGGAGGUCAGAAGGUAACACAAUAACCUGAAAUCUCCACUUCGCAAUUGUGUUAUAUGUGUUAUAUAAUUUAUAAAGAAAGCCUUCUGAUCCCACAAACCCUCACAAUCCACCAACAUUAAAUACCCAGCGCACUGGGCAGCAGCCGGGUCCUACAAAAUCCUCAAGACAUGGAGAAUUUUCAUCUGUAACGACAUGGCGUUCUUGAAAAGAGCCAGGAAAAGAUAACAGCAACAGAGCGACUUC